CGCGCGCGCACUGGCUCCCCGCAGCCCGGCUGGCCUGGGGCCUGGCCGCGCAGGCGCCCGGAGAAGGCCGCGUGCUUGGGGUUGUAGUGGGGAGGCGGCGCUCGGCCGGCGGGGCCUGCGGCGGGAGAUUCCGGGGCUGCAAGAGCGGAUUUGCCACCUUGGGAUCCAUGGCUUUCUCCCUUGGGCUGUGGCCCUUUGGCUGUGUCAGCCGAGCCCUGAGCCAGCGCUGUUUCAGCACCACGGGCAGCCUCAGUGCAAUCCAGAAGAUGACACGGGUCCGUGUGGUGGACAACAGUGCCCUGGGGAACACACCAUACCACCGCCCUCCUCGCUGCAUCCAUGUCUACAACAAGAGUGGGGUGGGCAAGGUGGGUGACCAGAUACUGUUGGCCAUCAAGGGACAGAAGAAGAAGGCGCUCAUUGUGGGCCAUCGCAUGCCUGGCCCCCGGAUGACCCCCAGAUUUGAUUCCAACAACGUGGUCCUCAUUGAAGACAAUGGGAACCCUGUGGGGACCCGGAUCAAAGUACCCAUUCCCUCCAGCCUGCGUCAGAGGGAAGGCGAGUACUCCAAGGUCCUGGCCAUUGCCCAGAGCUUUGUGUGAGUGGAGCCCGGGCCUGUGGCUGCAGGGGGACUUACCAGUGGGUGGUGCUGGAGCCUGGGCCAUGCCGAGAGGGUGUCUGGGGCUACAUGGCUGUUCUCCUUGGGCCAGGUAGCAGCCGUGUGACAAAAUAAACAUUUCUGUGUUUGUUUUCA